AAAUCAGGCAGCCGAGAGCGGUGGCGGUCAGUCAAGAACAAGCCGUUCGUCAGGCAACAUGUUUCACCACGGUUACGUUUCCUAAACAACGCAAGCAGAAAGCCGGCUGCUCGUUGUAUAACCAUCACAAACUCAGUCCGUCCGCACACAAUCUAAAACAUGUCACCAACCGUACUGUUAGACGGUUUCACAAUUAUUAGUCCGAACAUCCUAUCCUGAAGCAAGCGAGAAGUCGGCAUUCUCCUUCUCAAAAUCAAACAGAAAUUCAGUCUGAAAAGUGUCUAGUGUGAACAUUACUCAUUUUAAGCAGAACAAUUCUGUCAAGUUAACGUGUUUCGUGAAGUCGUAGAUUUUGGAAGUGAAGUCUUUCAAAAUCGUCCUCAAGCAACUCGUCUCCACCAACCGAUCAUCUCUCCACAACUUGUCCAAUGUGCUCGCUGGUUAUGCCAGCUGACUACGACGUGAUGCUAGCACACAGCCCACCCGUGUUCAGCCACAGUCCACCUUCGGCCUUCUACGCGACCAGCUGCCGUCGCUCGCCGAUCGCCGCCCGCCGCCACUGCCCCCCUGUCGUCGCCGCCUCCACAACCUCACAGCGCCGCCCCCAGCGACCCAUCCUCGUGCUAAGGCCUGACGACUCCAGCAGCUCCGACGACAACGAACCCACCUCACCCACACGACACAAAAAGCGGGUCGUCUUCGCUGACGACAAGGGCCUUUCACUCACACAUGUGCGUAUGCUGACAGAAUCUCCUUUCAUGCCGCCAGCAUGGAGCUCACAGUUCCUGAUGCUGGUGACGCGGGGCGUCUCUGCCGAGGUGGCGCCUGAGCCUUGGGAGCCCGCCUUCGCACAGCCCGCCUCCGACUACCUCCAAUUUAGGCGGCGGCUUGACGAGGAAAACGUGUCCCUAGAAAACGUCAUCGUCAAAGAGCUUGAGGAGGCGGUGGUUGGAACAGUAAAGGUACGCAACCUGGCAUUCGAGAAGACAGUGUUCGUGCGCUCAUCGGGAGACAACUGGGCGACCAGCGAGGACGCGUUCUGCACGUACAUGCCAUCUUCAACGGCGCAACUCGGCCACGGAGUCAAAGUGCUCUACGACACGUUCUCGUUCCGGCUGACACUUCCACCCAAGUCGCGCGCCAUCGAGUUCUGCGUCUGCUUCCGGUGCGAGCUGGGUGAGUUCUGGGACAACAACAACGGCCGCAACUACAUCGUUCACAAGAAGCGCAACAACGACGCAACGUCGGCCGCCAAAUCGCCGGCCGCGCGUUCCGAGCCGGUCGCCGUUCCUGGUCGCAACUACUCGGGUUCCUGUGGCUGGUCCGACUUUGAUCCAUUCUACAGCAGCAACGACCGAGUGCCCUACUGGUGACAUUCGCACCGACAACUUGCAGCCAUCAUUUAUUCUAGGUCUGCGUUGGUGGAACCAAUUUGCAGAAAAUAUUACUACCGCUAAUCAUUUACACCACCACGGCAUCUAUAUGAAGGAAUUGAAGGUCCUCUCUCACCCCAGCAAAGCAUUGGAAAUGUGUUGAGAUUAUCAUCAUUGAUUAUAGAUCUGAAGAGAAAUGUUUUUGCAGAUAUUGAAGGAAAUCCGGCUUCUGGUAGAGCAACUUCUUUUGUUCAAAUCUCUCAAACACUAGGAUUGCAUGCACUUGUAAGAAAUUGUAGUAUUUCUCUUCGAAUGCAUUAAUUAUUAUCCGUGAGACUAUUGACGGUAAUAUUGGUAAUGCUUGGUGUAGCCAUUAAAUGGUGGAAUUUCACAUAUCACAUCAUACAACCAUCAACAAAUAGACUAGUUGAGAAUUUUGUUCCUACAGUCAUUUCUUGGAUUUCAUAUAUUUUACUUGUAAUAGUACAGUGUUAGAACAAAUAACUAUUGUAAUUCGUGAGGAGUAUCACAAGGCUCGGUGGUUUUGUCGAAGACUGAAAGACUGAAUUAAGUUUAUCAAGACAGUAGAGGAAAAUAUGAAUGAAUGUACUUACAUAAUUGUCUAGUUAUAGUAGAAUAAGAGCAUAUCAUUUUGGAAUCACGUGUACAGACUGUUGAUGGGAAAGAAUUUGCAAAGAAUUUCAGACAACUUCUGUACAGUACGGUACGUCUCUUUAGUAGCUUCUGAGGAACUAGUAGGGUUGACUCAGUGAGAAUAAUAAUAAUAUUAUUAUUAUGAAAUGAAUGAUAUUUAAUUUGUGAAUUGAUAUUAUAAUGAAUUUUCCUGAAAUCUUUUUUUUUAAUAUGUUUAAAAACUCUUCACGUUGCGUAUUCAAAGCAUUGAUUAUAGACUAUAUAUGAACGUUUAUGUUUUUAUCAUUAUCACGGAGACAUUCUAUUGUAAAUUUAGAUACACAAAAAUAUCAGUCAAUUUUCAUGUAGCCUAGGUGUAGAGUUUUAUCAAGAAGAAAUUCUUUCGAACAGUGUUCCUAUGAUUUGUAGAAGCAAUAUAUUCUAAUAUACGUAUAUUAUAUUAAAUUCAAUGUCAUUGUUAUUAAUCAAAGUCUAUGUAAAGUUUUUUCUUACUGUUUUUUAUAAUUGUGUUUGAUUUAUUUUCUUUAGAGAUAUGUUAUGUUUUUUAUCUUUCUUUAUGGUAGUUUUUAGAUAGAAAGGCUGUCACUUAAAAAUGAUGAGCUGCUGAUAAAAGUCACAAAUAUUGAAGGGUGACUAGUGCUUCCAAAAUUAUUAUGUAAAUAAAUUAUGUGACUGAAAAUUACAUGGCACUGUAACAUCAUCAAAUUGGUAACAAUGAUUAUGAAUUGUAUGUGUAUAUUUCUCAUGAUUGGUUCUUGUUUUCAAAUCAGGUAGCCCACCUUACAAACAAUUAGUAUUCUCAUUAUAUAUAAUUUUGAAAGGGAUUUCAUUAUACUACACGCUCAAUUUUAUGUUAAAAAUACAGAUAGCUAUAUAACAACAUGUUAAAUAAUAUACAAUUCAGAAUGAGUUGAAAUUCCUUGCAUUAAAACAGAGUAGAAUGCUAGAUGAUCAGUCAAUAACAAUAAUAAUUUUUAAACCCUAAUUUUGUAAACUUGUUUUAUCUGCCUUCAAUAACAACCAUUUAAAAAAUAAUUUUCAAUAACUAAAAACUCUAAGAAUCAUGAUUUCCCUUUUAAUUUUUUAAGAACAAAAAUAUAAAUAUUAAUGUAGGUAACAUUGAUUGUUGCCGUUUAAUAAUCUAAAGAGAUUUAGAGAUUUUGCCUUAUAUAGCAUUAUAUUGAAAUUCAUAAAACAAGAGACUGACUCUACAGACUGUGAUACCAUUUUUUCAAUUUCAGGAAAUGAAAGUAAUAUUGAAAUACUAAUAAAUUGAAGGAGAAUUAAUAAUUCGAUGAAAAAGAGUUAAAAAGUAUACCAAUAAAUUAUAUAGAUUUCUUCAAUAUGCAGUCCAUGUAAUAAUAUUAAUCUUUUUGUCUUCAAAUAAAAUCUUUGGAGUGUUUGUGAACACAAACAAUAUUCUCUAUGAUUCUUUAAAUUGAAUCACAAACUCUAUAAUUAGUUUUUCAAAUACAAAUACUUCAUUGGUAUGUAUAGCAAAAUCAGUAGUUCAUCAGAAAGAAUUUAACUUGUUAAGUAGGCCUUCUGUUAUGGAGAUGUUAUUAAUACAAUAUUAAUCCUCUUUUUCUGUCAAUAACCAUUACGGUAAUGUUUUAGAGCUAGUAUUUUGUAAAAUAUAGAAAUUGAUAGUCUAAUUGAUCCUUAAAAACCUGUAAAUAGAGUAGAUUUUCUAAUCCAUUAGCAAUUAUUCUUCAUAGACUAAUAAGUUUUUGAAUAACUGUGAAUCGAUAAAUGUGCCAUUCAAAACGGUUUUAUUGUUAUAUGACUGUAAUGUCAUUCAUUAAGUCUCAUUGGAAAAUGAAAAUGUAUAUAGGUAGUUGUUGAAAUUAGUUCUAAGCUCUUGUGUUGUGUAGGCCAGGUGGAAUAUCGCUUUGAAAUAAUUCAUUGUCUAAGAAAAACUUACUUUUUCAUGUUUUAUAGGGUAUUUUGAAAUUUUUAUUGAAUUAAACUGAAUUUUAUGCUAAUUUUUUUAUUGACAAUGGUUCCAAGAACAAUCUAGUCAUCACCUUUGAUUGACAUUUUUUACCACUUCAACUUCAUUCGCUAGUUAUUUAUUAUAGUAGUAAUGAAAUUUUCGUUGUACUCACGUUUUAUAGAGUAUUCUGAAUAAAUAUUACUUGAUUACUAGUGAUUAGUUUGGAUAGUUAUUUUUGCAAGAUAAAUUACAUUACCCCAGUCCACCCCACAUUGAAGGUGGAAUGAAAGCAUUGCAAUUUAUUGGCUAUGCUGAAGACAAUCAAAGCUGAUGACUAUCAUUGUUCAAAUUCCUGUCGAAAUUAUUCAUAUCGAAUAUGUAGCCUCCUAUAUUUCUGGAAAAUAUUUGUUUCAAUAUGAAAAUAAUGUAAAUAUGCGAUAAUUAUGUGAAUCUAGCUGUGAGAAAUGAACCACGUCAAGAUCUAUGUAUAUAAAUGUUUCUUUCUAAGAUGAAUAUAAUAAAGUUACAUUAUAGAAAUUGUGAAAUAAAA